GGUAUUUAUGUUAUAUCCAUAGACCUAUUAACUAAUGGACAUCGCUUAGAGAGAUAAUUAAGGGAUACGAUAUAGAGUGAGCGAGAAAGGAAACAAAGUACCUAGUAAAAUUUAUACAGUUCCUCAUGCGGGCAGGGUGGAGUGGACUGUGCGGUCCAUUAGUAAGGUUAUAGCUAUAUUAUGGUUAUAUCUCUUUACUUAUCAUGAAACGUGCCACCAGAGGUCUCUCUGACGACGGCCAUACUACGACGGCACAGUCGUUUGAGUGGGGAAGUAGUGGGAAUAACGGCGGUCGGCGAUCAUCCAAUCAUCCAAUACUCUACCGACAGCAAUAACACAAAUAACAACAACAGACCACUCGGACAGUCAUCAAAUGAAGUGCCUUUGAAAACGUUGGUUAUCGAGAAUUGUUCAUUAUUACUUUUUUGUUUCUGUGUCGAUCACAAUGCCUGCAUACGCGUCCGGAAAGCUCAUCAUAGUGUCCAACAGACUUCCAUUCAUUCUCAAAAAAAACGAACAAACGCUAAAGUUGGAAAGAAAAGCCAGCGCUGGCGGGUUAGUCACUGCUGUGGCACCUGUUGUAGUUCAAGGAAAUGGAGUAUGGGUUGGAUGGGCUGGUAUUCACUUAGAGGAAGGUGAAAAAAUACCAGAAUCUGAUCCUAAUGAUACAACACCUACUGCUGGAUUACGUUCUGAUAAAGUUAUACCUGUUGAUUUUGAUCCUCAAACGUUUGAUAGUUAUUACAAUGGUUGCUGUAAUGGAACAUUUUGGCCUCUAUUCCAUUCAAUGCCUGACCGAGCACAAUUUUCUGCCGAUUCUUGGAAAUCAUACUGUGCAGUCAAUAAAGAAUUUGCAUCAAAAACAGUAGGUGCUUUGGAAAAUUUAUCAACAGAAGAAACAGAUUCUGGAACACCGCUUGUUUGGUUGCAUGAUUAUCAUCUUAUGUUAGCUGCAAACAGUAUACGAAAUGUGGCAGAUGAAAAAAAUUUGAAAUUUAAACUAGGAUUUUUCCUUCAUAUACCAUUUCCUCCAUGGGAUAUUUUUAGGUUGUUUCCGUGGGCUGAUGAAAUUCUUCAAGGAAUGUUAGGUUGUGAUAUGAUUGGUUUUCAUAUUGAAGAUUAUUGUUUAAAUUUUGUGGAUUGCUGUCAGCGAAGAUUAGGUUGUCGGGUAGAUCGAAAAAAUUUACUUGUUGAACAUGGUGGUCGCACAGUACGUAUUCGUCCAUUGCCAAUUGGUAUACCAUUUGAUCGAUUUGUCGAAAUGGCAAAGCAAGCACCCAUUGUAAUAAGUACAUCAUUACAAUUGAUACUUGGUGUAGAUCGAUUGGAUUACACUAAAGGGUUAGUACAUAGAUUAAAGGCUUUUGAAUUCCUAUUGGAACGAUAUCCACAACAUAAGGGUAAAGUAGCACUUAUGCAAAUUGCCGUUCCAUCACGUACAGAUGUUAAGGAAUAUCAGGACCUUAAAGAGGAAAUGGACCAACUUGUCGGACGAAUAAAUGGUCGUUUCUCAACUCCUAAUUGGUCACCCAUUAAAUAUAUUUAUGGUUGUGUUAGUCAAAAUGAUUUGGCAGCUUUCUAUCGUGACUCAGCUGUAGCAAUGGUUACACCACUUCGUGACGGCAUGAAUUUAGUAGCCAAAGAGUUUGUUGCUUGUCAAAUUAAAGAAUCACCUGGUGUUCUUAUUGUAUCACCAUUUGCUGGCGCUGGUGAAAUGAUGAAUGAGGCUUUAAUUUGUAAUCCGUAUGAAUUAGUUGAAGCAGCUGAUACUUUGCACAGAGCAUUGACUAUGCCUGAAGAUGAAAGGAUUUUAAGAAUGAGGUGUUUGAGACGUAGAGAAAAAGUACAUGAUGUAGAUUAUUGGAUGCGAUCUUUCCUUAAAGCAAUGGGUACUUUAAUAUUUGAAGAUGGUGACGAUGUUUUGCCAACUACCAUGCAACCAGUCACUUUACAGGACUUUGAUGAUUAUUUGGCUAAAUAUAUUGGGAAUACAAACAAGCUUGCAUUGCUAUUAGACUACGAUGGUACAUUGGCUCCACUAGCUCCUCACCCAAACCUUGCUACAUUACCUUUAGAAACUAAAAGGGUUUUAGAAAGGUUGGCCAAUAUGCCUGAUGUAUACAUAGCCAUUAUUUCUGGCAGAAAUGUUCACAAUGUUAAAUCUAUGGUUGGUAUUGAGGGUCUAACUUAUGCUGGUAAUCAUGGACUGGAAAUUCUUCAUCCAGAUGGAAGUAGGUUUAUGCAUCCAUUGCCUAAAGAAUAUGUAGAUAAAGUUGGGGAUCUGUUGAAAGUGCUUGAAGAACAAGUUUGCAAAGAUGGUGCAUGGGUAGAAAAUAAAGGUACUUCAUUGACAUUCCAUUACCGUAAAGUACCUGUUAACGCUCGACCUGAGCUUGCAUCCACAGCACAGCGUCUGAUAGAAGAAGCCGGAUUUAAAGCAGGUCAAGCUCAUUGUGCCAUUGAAAUCAAACCUCCAGUACAAUGGAAUAAGGGGCGCGCAUCUUUGUAUAUUUUACGUACAGCUUUUGGUUUGGAUUGGAGUGAACGCACACGCAUUAUUUAUGCAGGAGACGAUGUAACUGAUGAAGAUGCAAUGCAGGCAUUAAAAGGUAUGGCAGCAACUUUCAGAGUAGCCCAGUCUCAAAUAGUUAAAACUUCUGCUGAACGUCGUUUGCCAAGUACUGAUUCUGUGUUAACUAUGUUGAAAUGGGUUGAAAGACAUUUUGGCAAACGGCUACCUCGUGAAAAUAGUCUUGGUAAUUUAAACAAUAAUCACAAGAAUUCAUUUGUAGAUAUUGAAUUGGAGCUCAGUAUGCCAGAAGAAAAGUCUCCAAAAUAAUACUAAUUAUUCACAAAUAUUAAUAUCUUUAAACCUUGAAGUUUAUUUUCACUCAUAUUCAGUGACACAGUUUGUUAGUAUAACAAUUUUGAUAUUUCAUCGUAAUAUUAUUUUUAUAUGUAACUGAAGUAUAUUCUAUUUUUGUACAAGAAUAA